UUUUUUCGGUUGACUGAGAAGAUGAUCAAGGAGGCUCACAAAUGGAUUUCUGCUCCAAUUUGGACGAGUGAUCUCCGUGUAUAUAAUGUUCAACAAAUGCUCGAUUCCUCUCAACCCAUUCUAAUUCCGAGCAAGGAAUUGGGACAAGCUUCUAGUGAAGUGCAACAACGUGAACAGCACGAACAAUUCCUUUUGAGUGUUGCGAUUAGAACGGUUGCUCGUCCCUUUGGAAAAGCUGCACUUAACUUUCACACUCGUCAUGCAUUUAAAGAUGACGAAUCAUUUAUAGAAAAUAAUUCAAAACAAAAGAAUGAAAAUAUAAAGAAGAACAAUUUUAUAAAUUCAUCGGUUUCACAAAUGGGUGCACGUCCAAUUUGUUUGAAUGGUCGUGUGCAUCCUGGUUGGCAUCAAGUUGAUUUUCCUUUGAAUGAUACAAAUCCGGUAAUUAUUUUUAUGGGACAAUCCAUUAAUAUGAGGGGAAGGGAUAACCAUUAA